UGUUUUCGUAAAUUUUCUCUGUUAUUCACUCUUCUCCCACACACUAUCAAUUACCAGCUGUGUGGGUGUCUCUCUCUCAUGCGAGUCUCGCCAUGUCUCGUGAGUGUCCCUUUAAUCUCACAAGAAUCAAAUCUCCUGCAAAACAAUUACUAGAAUCAUCAGUCACUCUCUUCCUCUCAUGAAUCGACACCACAUAAAUCCUCUUCUCCAUCUUUAUCAACGAAUUAGAGACCAUCAUGCGCUCGCCCCGUAUUGGCCAGAUUCCGUCGCCCUCGCCGCUGCCUAGGAUGCCAACUCCGCACUUCCACUCCACGGUGUCCGUACAGAAACUCAAGCGGUUCAACUUGCUGGUUCUGGUGUUUCGAUUCGCCGCCUUUUGCUUCUCUCUCGCUGCCUCCAUUUUCAUGCUCACUAACAACUCCUCCACUGCCUCCAAUUCGCUUCACUGGUACGACUUCGACGCUUUCAGAUUCGUUCUCAUUGCCAAUGCAAUUGUGGCGACGUAUUCCCUCGUUGAGAUGGGAGCCUCCGUUUGGGAAAUCUCCAGAGGCGCCACUCUCCUACCCGAAAUCUUUCAUGUCUGGUUUGACUUUGGCCACGACCAGGCGUUCGCGUACCUGCUAUUGUCAGCAAACUCGGCCGGGACCGAAUUGGCAAGGAUGUUAAGGGGAUCGGAUACGUGCAAGGCCGUCAACUCGUUCUGCAUCCAGUCAGACGUCGCGAUCGCCUUGGGGUUCGCUGGAUUCCUGUUCCUAGGGUUUUCAUCUCUGUUGUCGGGUUACCGGGUCGUCUGCUUUAUCAUCAACGACUCUCGUUUUCAUCUUUAAAAGAGCUUGGAGGGAAGUUUGGGUGUGAAACGGAUGUUUUUGCCAUCGAUUUUCCACCGUACGAUUUGAAACCGAUCGGGAUAGGAUGAGAUUGUGAACGUGUAUCAUGAUUUUCUUUGUGCCUGCUAUAACCAGAGUUGUUGAUAAAGGUGCGGUGCUUUGUUCCAUGUAAUAGACAAAUCACCCAAAAGAUGUUAAUACUGCUGUGAGUGCUUAGUGAUGUUAGUUAAUACUACUGUGAGGGCAAAGCUUCUAUUUUCAUCUAAAUACAUAAAGUUAUUCAAGG